AUGUUAACUAGAUCAAUUCAGAUAAGGCUACCUACUGGUGCACCGCUUUGCGAAACGCACUUUCAAUCUUAUAUGCUCAACUACAUCACAAAGCAGAUCGAAGUCAAACAGCAGUCAACAACAACAAGCAAGACACAGUCGGGACCAACUCGAGUUCAACCACGACGAGUUGCAAAAGACAAGCAUCCACUUGGAAAGAUUACAAAGAAACGUGGAGCAGAUGAAGAUUUGUCAAAGUCCACAACGAAGAAACGGAAAACCAACUAUCCGGUACACAACUCGAAGGCAUGGAGUUCAUUCAUCACAUUAGAAAAGCAGCAGGUGAAGGAGAAGAAAGAUGCUACAGAAGAUAAAGAAUUCAGCUGCCCCUUUGGACCUACUCCUUGGGCAUGCAAAGAAUGCAUAUCCGAGACAGCCGAUUCAACUGAAGAAAAUCUGCUAUUCAUGGGGGAGCCCACGGCACCUCAGGCUAAUAUGGCACCUGUUGGCCGUCCUCCAAAGCUUAACAUAUGGAAGGACUUUGGGACAGCAGAAUUUGAGAUGUCUCAGGGAGAAGGUUUGUCAUAUGUUAUCGAUGCAUGCAGACAACCAAUGUUCAUGUUCCUGUGA